AAUGUGGGAUUUAGGAUCUGCACGAUAUCUCUGUUAAAAAAACAAACAAACAUGAGCUAGCACGUAUUCUGACGUUUAAUUGUGUGCUGUUAACGUUACAAAUAAAAAACUGUUUUCAAACCAAGGCAAAUGACAUAAGGAGAUUUCGUGAAUGUGUACUAAUUACGGAAGGGGACGCGGCCAGAGGGAUUCUAGCCGCUCUUCUAACACGACACUGCCACAAGGAAAAAGUCGCAAAGAGGACCAGGAUUCAAUUGGAUUCACGUUUAAACGGCGCGUCAGCCGAAGACCAGCGGGAAGUGAGGCUGAAGCGGACCUCGUCACUGCUCGGUGCCCGACACAUGUGACCAGCGGCGGCCGCAGGCUCCCACGGACACCACGGUUCCUCUCCACAGAGGAGAGAGUGGAGCCGCCUGAGCGGAGCAGCAAUGAGCAGUGUGCGAUAGCCAAGCGUAGGCUGCGUGGCUCACCCCAACACAUCCAGCGUUUCUAUUGUCUGAAAGCCAGCGCUCGAGAAGAUGGGGCACCCUCCCCUGGAGUUCAGCGACUGCUAUCUGGACAGUCCGGACUUCCGAGAGACUCUCAAGUGUUAUGAAGUGGAGCUGGAGAGGACGAGCAAAUUUCUCAAGGAGUUGAUAAAAGAUGGCAACAGUGUAAUCACUGCAAUCAAAGGCUAUUCUCUGGCAGUGCAGAAGUUUUCACAGACUCUCAGCAUGUUCCAGUUCGACGUCAUCGGUGACUCCCUGACGGAUGAUGAGAUUAACAUCGCUCAGUCAUUCCAGGAGUUCGCUGGACUCCUGCAGGAAGUGGAGCACGACAGGAUGAUGCUGGUUCAGAACGCCUCUGAUCUGCUCAUCAAGCCGCUGGAGAAGUUCAGAAAGGAGCAAAUAGGAGUAACAAAAGAAAAGAGGAAGAAGUUCGAGAAGGAGAGUGAAAAAUAUUACUCCCAGGUGGACAAACACCUGAAUCUCUCUGCCAAGAAGAAAGAGAGUCAGCUUCAAGAGGCUGAUGAACUGCUAGACAGAGAGCGAGUGAACUUCUAUGACUCAUCAGUGGAGUAUGUGUACCAGAUCCAUCAGGUGCAGGACAGAAAGAAGUUUGAUGUGGUGGAGCCUGUGCUGGCGUUUCUCCACAGCGUUUUAACGCUCAACAACCUGACAGUGGAGAUGACUCAGGACUUCAUGCCGUACAAGCAAGAGCUGCAGCUCAGCCUGCAGAACACAAGAAACAACUAUGAAAGCACUCGCGAGGAGAUGGAGGAGCUGAUGAAACGAAUGAAACACCCCUCCCAGAUCUGUAAAAUGCACAGCUCUCUGCCGAUGGAGGGUUAUCUGUACUGUCAGGAGAAGUGGGCUUUGGGCGUGUCAUGGGUCAAAUAUUAUUGCAAGUAUCACAAGGAGGGGAGACUGCUGGUCAUGGUGCCUUGUGAACAGAAGCCUACAACCAAACAGGGCCCCACCCAGCUGACGCUGAAGUCCUGCAUCCGCCGGAAGACGGAGUCCAUAGACAAGCGCUUUUGCUUCGACGUGGAAACUAACGAGAGAAACACACCCGUUAUCUUCCAGGCUCUCUCGGAGGGAGACAGGAAGUUGUGGAUGGAGGCCAUGGAUGGAAAAGAGCCUAUCUAUCAUUCCCCAAUUCACAAGCAAGCUGAAAUGGAACUGAAUGAAAUUGGAUUCAAGUUUGUACGAAAGUGCAUCAACUACAUUGAAACAAAAGGAGUCACACAGGAAGGAGUGUACAGAACAGUUGGCAGCAACAUCCAAGUGCAGAAGCUUUUAAAUGCCUUCUUUGACCCCACGAACCCAGGAGACGUGGACCUCCACAGCAGCGACUGGGACAUUAAAACCAUCACGAGUGCAUUGAAGUUUUAUCUCAGGAGCUUGUCUGAACCUCUGAUGACCUACAGUCUGCACAGAGACCUCAUGUGUGCUGCAAAGUCAGAUAAUCUGGACUUUCGUCUGAGUGAAAUUCAUUCGCUGACCUACAAACUGCCAGAGAAGAAUCGGGAGAUGCUGGAGAUGCUCAUCAAACACUUGGUCAACGUGUGCAGCCACAGCGAAGACAACCUGAUGACUCCUUCGAACAUGGCCGUUAUCUUCGGACCCACUCUGAUGAGGGCAAAGGAGGAGACUGUGGCGGCCAUGUUGGACAUCAAGUUCCAGAAUAUUGUCGUUGAGAUCCUGAUUGAGGACUACAAAAAGAUCUUCAGCUGCAUGCCUGAGGACAGCGCCGCCCGGCCGGUCCCUCCUCCGCGGAUCACCCCGAGAAAGCGGCAGCCCAUCACCAUCUCCAAGCGGCCGCCUCGUGUUUAUCAUGCUCUUAGUCACGACCACUUUCAGCACACAGAGAAUGGCCAGAACGACAGCUCUGGACUUGACGGGGAGGUCUCAGCGAGCCCCGUUCCCCUGCAGCGGACGAAACCCGUGAGCUGCGCUCCGCUCCUCCCGAGAGAACCUCCUCCGAGACACGCGUUAAUGCCCAGACCGGCAAACCGUCAGGACAGACAGUUAGACUCUGACGCUGGCAGGAUAGACGACACGAGGCAAAGGCCAGAUUCUUCUUCUGCGGCAAAUGGGGAGUCUGGAGUGGGUGUGAGCAGAGUACCGUCCUUCCAGAGCAGAAGACCACCGCCUAAGAGCACACCUGCCAACAGAGAAGGAGAUUCUGAUGGUCUGACCAGAACGAGAUCCGGAGAAAAGCAUGCCAUUUGUAGACCUCCAGUCCGGCCUCCUGAGCCCCCCUCCAGAGUCCCCGCUCCACAAAAGACUCCGAGCGCAGCCUGCAGCGAGGGCACGGCCACAUCCUACGUUGCCUCUAAAACAAAGUUUUUUGAGAACGCCUCCAGGCAGGUUGGCAGUCCAGUGGCCUCUCCGUCACCAUCAGCAGGGACAAAUGUAAAAAAAGAGAAUUAAAGUCAAGGAGACUCGGGUCACGUCAGAUGACCGCUCCGUGCUCGGCUGGGUGCACAUCACGCUGGAGGGCGUCACCACAAAGGAACUCAGCCGCUCUGGAUCUCAUCGGACUGGCUGAAGAGCUGGUUCUGCAUAGAGCUGAAUGGAUGUAUUUGAUUUUUAAUAGUAAGACUGGUGUUGGAAGGCAGCAUAGCAGCAACGCAAUUGGCUCAGAGUUGGAUCAUUAUUCCAAAGUUGGGAUGUUUUCCCCGAGUUUCACACCAGUGGAAAAUUUUGUUAGAUAAUUAACAAUAUUUAGUAGUUUUACGGUGUUAAAACGGCCAGUUUUAUUAGAGGGAACUAACUGCCGUCACUGCUCAUAACAGCUUACUUAGACUUCUCGUUGUCUGCACUCUUAAUGCUUGUUUGUAGCAUUGCAAAAUAGAUCUCCCAAAGACGACUAAUCGAUUACUCACUAUUCAUUUGAAAAUGUGAACUAUUAGUCUUAAUAUUAACUUCUAGAUUCUUACAGGUCUGUCGAGGACCUGGAUAAAGCAAAUUCAUUUUAAGCUACAUCUGUGGAGAAAUUAGUUCCAUGGAGGCUCUUUUCAGUCGAUCUGUUCAAAAGAAAUCUUUACAUGUACCUUUGAGUCGCUUUUGAAGAGGCAUUACAAGAAGUAUUUUGCUCUAAAGUGUCAGCCUGUAUUCCAGUCAGUGUAGUCUGGAUUUACAUCAUGAAUGUAAUGCUAGUGUAAGUGUAACGUUAUGUCUACAUUCCCAUACUUCUGACCUUGGCGUCACUCUCUUCUUACCCAGCGUGGGUAGGUCCGUUUGCACAGGAGAGUCCUCGAAGUUUACCUGGAUUUGUUGCACCCAGUGCUUUGGAUAGAAACGAUGAUUGUUACAAUAUGUGAAAAUAACACUCCAGUGUUUUUUGGUUUUUUUAUCUCUAGUUAUUAUAUUAAUCUUACACGUUUUUUUGUUUGUUUGUUUGUUUGUUUUCCGAAAACCCAACUUGGAAAAUUCUGGUUGGAUUCAUUUCCAAAAAGGAAAAUAAACAGGAAGCGUUCUUAGCAUGACUCAUGAAUAUUUUUAAAGGCGCUGUAUUUCCGUUCACUUCAGUGUUGUUGCGUGAUGCUUCAGCCCGUCUCUCCUCAGUGUGCUGACAUUUGGAAUCACUCAAAGGAAUUCUGUUUCACAUUUGCACUGAAUCAAGUUUUUUUUUGUUUAUUGUAAGUCAUAAUUUUUAAGUAGAGCGAACAGUUUGCUGAAAAGAUUCAUCACUCCUUAACGUGGUGUUAACAGGUCAGUCUUGUAGCUUGGCGGCAGACAAGCCUAUGCCAGUGCAGGCUUACUUGGGAAACAAACAGACCAAGAAGCUAAAUGUUGGGUUUUGAGAGCUCAACCUUUUGUUCAGUAAAAUUCAAGCUAUUACAAUAUUGUUUGAGGUCGCCUGAACUGAGACCCUAACCCUCUCUGUUUUUGAAUGAGCUUUCAGGGCUCUUUUAGGUUGUAGAAUGUCCUCCUUACAAAUAGAUGUUUUGUAUGAAGUGUUUGCAAAAGAAGUUGUUUUGUAUGGUGUGGGUCACUCUGACAGUUUAAAGGGCAGAAAGAGAUAAUCCCUCUGACCAACUGUUAAAUAAGAAUAUAAGAAAUCACCAGUAGUUGGUAAGGCCAAUCGGACGCUCAGCAUCAAAAUCUGUGUAGAUUUAAAUAGGAAGAUGUUCCUGUUUCAAGGUGAAGUGCGCAGCGAUGCCUCGAACGAGCUGGAAUUAGCGAAGCUAUUGUUAAAAGUUUGAAACUAGAAAUAGAAGUUUAGUCGGGUUAGCAGCACUGAGUGAAUAUGAUCACUGAAUAUCAGCUGAACACGCUACAGUUUAAACCUAUUCAGUGGUUAUGGCAGGGCUCUGUCAUCUAUUCAGUGGUUCAGUUGUGGUUCAGUAAUAGGUCUGGAGUCACUUAUGCUUUUCUGGACAUGAGAACAAAUUCAGAAUCAGUAACAAGAAAAUGGUCACAACAAUUUUCUUCCCUGUCAUGCAAGUUUUAAUAGUUAUUCUUGUUUUGGGGCUAAACCAUUUCUAAUGUCACAUCAUUAAAGGAAAAAAAAAGGGGAAGCAUCAACAUAACGGGUGAUUCCAAACUUUUGUGUUGUAAUGUAUGUGUUGUACAAAGUGCAAGUGCAGAGCUGCAUGGAAGAAAUGUCAGCAGGAGUGAGUACAGCCUCAUUUUAGAGCCAUUGUAAUGUGAUGACAUGAGGAUGACUUUCUGAGACGUGUUCGGCCACAUCCGAGAUAACACUCGCAUGUUUGUGGCCACUGGCUUUACAUUGACAGUGACAGUCGAGGUGAUUCAGUCGAGUCAGGUAAAUUCAAAACACAUAUCUCAUUUGGUUUGAACAGCAGCAGUCUCACAGCUAACACUUACUUACUGCAUACUUCACAGUGAAGUUAUUCAUUCAACACAAGUUGUAUAGGCAGAUAUAAACUGUUGUUCACUGAGCGGCAGAAGUGCAAAGCUGGAUGCAAAACAGUUUUGCAGUCAUUUAAGAGAAGUAGUGGAGAUUUAGUGUGCGGUGAAAGUCUGAACUUCUUUGACAUAUUUGUUUAAAACAGCCAACUGGAAGCAUGUGCAGUGAAUAGCAGGACAAUGAUUGGGCCCAACAAUGAACCCUGUCUGAUCCCAAAUAAAAUAUCUGCAAAUAAUAAAUUGUUGCCCACAUUAUGUUGGCUGAAAAUGUUUGAUUGGAGAGAUGUGCCAGUUUUAAUAUUAUUUUUCAUUUUCUGUUUUAUAACCUCACAGAAGAAAAGGCAUGCUAGCAGCUGUGUAAGGCUGUAAACAGGCUCUGCAGAGCUUUGAGCUAAAUGCACGCUAACGUGCUCACAGUCAUGCUCAGAAUGUUGCUGAUUAUACCAAGCAUGUUCACCAUGUUCAACAUGUUCACGUCCCACCUGGAAGCCGCCC